CUUUGUGGAUUUCGUGUACUGAGCAACGAAUUGAGUUGCAAUGUAAUUUCGAAACCGCGCAACGCCGGUUGAAUUGUUGAAAAGGAAUGUCGGUGGUUCGAAUGUAUAAUACGAGUUAAAAAAUAAGCCGUAAUUCUACUCAUUAGAUACCAUUGGUAAUUCUAUGUGUUGAUUACAAGUAGGAUUUUAAAAAAGCCAUCAAUGAGCAUAUUACUAUCUUGGUUAUGAACUGCAACUUGCUCGUUUGGCUCGAUCCAUAUCACAGUUACUGCAUCCGUAUUUCCACGAACGAGUUCCAACGAAUUAUACUGGAAAAAUGACGAACCGGUCGAGAAAUCUCUUAUUAUUCGUCACAGUAUUCAUCCAUCUCGUUUUAUCCAAGGAAAAUAAACAUCAAACGACAUCAUUUUUGCAACAGGUUGUAUCAAGUUCUGAUUGUACGCUGUUCAAUGAUGUACUACAAUACACCUAUGAUUUUACCACAUUAUCAGCAUCAAGUGUUUCAGUCCAAGCAGACCAAGACAAAGAAAAGAUAAGAUUCAGGCUAUGUUCACCUCUUAAACAGAUGUGCAAUGGACAUGAUGGUUAUUGUGUCUGCUUGAGUAAAGAUGACAAGGAGAUAGGAAUUGGAAAAUUUCCCCCCUCACUGAAAUAUGAAAACGGGACAUCACAGUUCAUUUACUCUGGUGAUCCAUGCCAGCCUGGUAGAAAUUACACAGUUCAUGUAAUCAUGAAAUGCGACUAUGCAGCUGUUCAAACAAGUCCUGAAAUAAUUCCACAAGGGCCAGAUCAAUGCGUGAUACACAUGAUAUGGAGGACUAAUCUAGCUUGCGCUCGAUCUAACAAACACAGCUGCAUAUAUGUCGAUGAAUUCAAUAAUACAUAUGAUCUCAGCUCACUUACAUCUUUGUCUGAUAAUCAUGUAGUUCAUAUUGAUGACAAAACUGAGAUGAUGAUCAAUGUAUGUCACACAACAAUACACGAACAUGGAGCGACUUGUUAUGGUGCACCAGCAGCGUGUCUAAAGAACUCAACAGACCCUAAUAACGUGGACUACAUCAAUUAUGGCGAGCUAAUGUAUCCAUCUUCACUAACUAUGAAAGAUGGUAAACUCCAAAUCAAAUAUGACAAUGGCUACUUGUGCCAAGACAAGCGAACAGUACUUACAACGCAUCAAACCACUAUAUACUUCAUCUGUGAUCCAUCUGCCAGCCCAGACAGAGAGGCAGAGUAUGAUCCCGAAAGUGGCCCGUGUCAUUACAAAUUUACUUGGAAAACACGUGCUGCCUGCAACGCCACACGACUUCGUGAAUAUCGUUCUGCAAAUGCUAGCAAAUGUACUAUAGUCGAUCCGACGACAAAGUGGGAGUAUAAGUUGCAGUCGUUGAUGAACCAAGACUUCAUAGUCAAUGCAUCAAGCUCUAAGCAGUACAAAUUUAGAAUAUGUGGCCCUCUCCAAAAUUCUAGAUGUGCCAAAGAAACUGGAAUCUGUGAUGCUCAGAACUUCACAUCUGCGGGUAAUGCAAAUGCUAACCUUAUGUGGCAACAUGGGGGACCUUACUUGAAUUACACCGAUGGAGCGGCUUGUGGAAAUGGUCAGCGUCGUUACACUCUCAUUGCGUUUGUGUGCGGAGCUGAAGGGUCAUCAGAUGCACCAGUUGUAUUGAAGGAUGAGCCGUGUUCGUUGAUCAUACAUUGGUACACGGAUCGAGUGUGUAAAAGAAGAAUACUGUGUGCCACAGCGAAAAAUGAAACCAAUCUGCUUCCACUGAUACGGUCCUCUAAAAAUUAUGUGAUUAAGGCAAUGGGCAAAGAGUUUCAUAUAAAUAUCUGUCGGCCUAUGGCACCAACUCCAAAUAUUGUCUGUCCACAUGGUAGUGCAGUUUGUCAGACUGUACGGGAUUCCAGAGGUCAAUAUACGAAUGAAACUAGUCUUGGUUUUCCUGAUCAAAAUCCGGUUUUGGAUGGUGACGAAAACGUCAUUCUGAACUAUUACCGUGGUUCACCCUGCCCAGAGCAUCCUGAAAAAAACAUUUCUUCAUCGUUCAAGUUUUUUUGUGACUACAAUGGUGAUGAAGGGCUCCCGCAAUACAAAAACUACUCAAAUUGCCACUAUAUAUUCGAAUGGAGAACUAACAUUGUUUGUAGCACAGUAAUGGGCGAAUGGGUUGCCCCUUGCACGAUCAAAGAUGCCUCUCAUCCGCGUGAGUUGGACCUAUCUCUACUGUAUGAGAAACCAAUUAAACCAGAAGUUGUGUCUAAUAAAGAGAAGAAUUGGAGCAUAAACAUUUGCGGUGGAAAAGACCACUGCAAUGGAUCAGCAAUAUGUCAGGGAACAAAUGGAUACGGCACCGACUUAAAUGUUAGAUUUAAUUACAGGACCAAUGUGAUAAGCUUGAAAUAUUCAAAUGGCACCAAAUGUAACAAUAAGCCUUACGAAUCUGAAUUGUUGCUAAUCUGCAGUAACACUAGUGGGAUUGGUAAACCAGCACUGAGCUUGGACGCCAAUUGCAUGGCUUCGUUCAAGUGGCUUACCAAUAUUGCAUGCGCUGGAGGUGGAUAUAAUGCAGCGACAACCCCUGUUGCAGCAAUUACCGAGACACCAUCGGCAGACAAUUUGAAAAAUUACGGCUCUGCACAGACUUGGAUAGUGACGAUCUCAGUGCUGGUCGUCCUUGUGAUAGGUUUAUGGUUAUGCAUGCGAAAUUCCCAAAGGUGUGGUCGUCUACGAUCACGAAUUGAAGCGAUUACUUCAUCACGGAAUCACAGUCGCGUUCAAUAUUCAAGGAAGUACGUUUGAAACUGAUAAGGGUGAGAAAACCACACAAGCGUUAUUCAUUCGAUUGAUCAAUGAUCAUGCAUGAGCAUAAUACAUAGUCGAUUUUCAUUAUUUAAUUUCAAAGGUUGGUAUCGGUAUAUAUUUUUACUUGAAUGUUUAUCAUUGUCAUUUUCAUCGCGUAAUCAUAUGCCCAUUAAUAAUUUGUUUGUAUUCGUUAAUUUACGUUAUACCUUGACAUACACAAGUAGCUGCAUAUUUUGGACGCCCCUGGUCAAAAUUCGUUUCUUGGUAACUCCUCUGCAGCGAGUUCAAUUUUACGACAGGCAAUAUUCCCGAUUUCCUGCAAAUCCUUAAUCCUCGGGGUUUACAAAGUAAUUAGCCGCGUGGACUGGUGGUUCUAUUGUUCACAAUUCAAUCAAUAACUUAUGCCCGGAAAUGAGGAGCGCCAAUAUUAUGAGCCGGAUAUUUACUUCUGAGUAAAUCGGUUGUAAUGUCAUCGUUGAAAAAUAUGCUACCGUAUUACAGUAGGUAUAGGUAUACUGGGAGCGACGCCAUUAUCAUUUUACCACCGCAGUGUACUUAAAAUAUCCGUACGGUUUUUCGUUGUUUGAGGAGACUUACCAGAAGGAUUUAGAGAUCGAAUUUUCGCUGAUUAUAGUUAAUGUUUGUUCCGAUUUAAUUUUCU